AGAUACCAGAAAUAUUUUCAUCAUUUUAAAGGUAGAAUAUCCGACAUUUUACACUUAAAUGUAAUAAAAAUCAAACAUACGCUAUGUAAAUGUUUUUCUGAGAACAGUAUCAACCCACUGAAUUAAAACUUCGGUACCCUGUAGUUUUUGUUUACAUGGGAUGUUUAUAACUCUGUCUUGGGGCGGUAACCUUCUCCUCUGGCACAUGUCCCUCUCCUCCUAGAAGCGAGGAGGAUCCAUUUACCAGCAGUGCUGCUGCAGGUAAAUGUUUCACCCAAACAGCUGAGAGGAGUGUAAAUGGCAGUAAAUGGCAGACUCCAGUCCGAAGCGGCCGACUGAGGGCCUGCCACCAGCUUCCCCUCCACCUAAAAAGCCUCCACAUUUGUCUAGGAAACCCUCUGACAAAGCGAAAGGAAAAACUAGAGUUAAUAUCGGACUUCCUUUUCCUCGGUGGCGAGCCCUACGCGACGCUAAAAAGCUCUCACAUGACUCAGAAUUGGCUUUGCUUCUCAUGGAUGCAUUCAAAGAUGGACUUGCCAGCUUAAUGUUUUUGGAGGCCCUCUGCCAACACCCAGCUGUCCUUGCACCAGUGCUGUGUUGCAAAGACAAGAAGCUGACUGCCAUUGACAUUGAACAACUCUUCAUGCCUCUGCUUAGUUCAGUGGGAAGCAAUACGAGAAGGACAGAGAACCUGGUCCUCAGCUUCUGGUCAGACUACAUCAUGGACUGUGAAGAACAAGGGCCAGUUUCACUGGAGGAGUUGCUAAUGUUUGCCACGGGCCUAAGGUCACUUCCAUCAGCAGGAAUGACUCCACAUCCUAGUCUUUCAUUUCUAGAAGAGUCCAUUUAUCCAAUGGCAAACACCUGCUCCAACACCAUCAAACUUCCUCUUUUGCCAGCAUAUGACCUCUUCAAAAAGAACAUGGGCUUUGGCAUACAGAACUUGCCAGGUUUUGGAUGUCCUUUAAAAAGGAAAAGGACCAACUUUACGGUUGGCAGCUCCUGUUAGGAACGUUGAGUUUGUUGAAAUUUCAGUGCCUCUGAUGACGAGAGGAGUAAUAUUUCAGCCCAUUUGUAACCACCCUCAAAAAUAGUGGUGUAACUUCACAAUGAUAAUUACCUUUCUAUCAUUUUGUUUAAUUUUGUUUUUUCCUACAUUUGAAUCAUUUUUCAUUAUAAACACUGCAGCUUGGUCAAGCUUUGUGAUUUUCUGGAGAUAAACUCGUCAACAUUAUUUAUAACUGUGAUCAAUAAAAAUAAUUUAA